UUACACAGUGCGUGACGAAGAACAAAACUUCCUCUCCUCUCUUCGUCUUCACACUCUCAAAACCUCCAUUUCUGCUCUCUCUCUCUCUCUCUCUCUCUCUACUUUCUCUCUCCUCCUUGAUCAUGUAAAAGAACUCACCAAAUCCCAGAAGAAAAUCGACUUUGAUUUCAUCGCUUUUGCAUACAAACUUACAGUUGCAAACUCUCAUGGCGGCCCUGUCUGUGUUCUCUCUGUUCGCUCUGUUUUCACUGACCCACAUUGCUCUUCUCUCGACUCUCUGUUUCGCCGCAGACCCCUUCGUCUUCUACGACUUCCGCGUCUCUUACAUCACCGCCUCUCCGCUCGGCGUUCCUCAACGGGUUAUAGCAGUUAAUGGGCAGUUUCCAGGUCCUGCUAUCAAUGCUACUACAAACAACAAUGUUGUUGUUAAUGUACAUAAUGAAUUGGACGAGAAUCUCCUAAUUACUUGGUCUGGGAUUCAAAUGCGGCGGAAUUCAUGGCAGGAUGGUGUUCUUGGCACAAAUUGUCCAAUCCCUCCUUCGUGGAAUUGGACUUUUCAGUUUCAAGUUAAGGACCAGAUCGGGAGCUUCUUCUACUUUCCAUCUCUUAAUUUGCAGAGAGCAUCUGGAGGUUUUGGCUCCUUUCAUAUUAAUAAUAGGCAGACAAUUGAAAUUCCUUUUAAUCAGCCUGCUGGUGAUAUCUUCAUUACUAUCGGUGACUGGUAUACACAAAACCAUACGGCACUGAGAACUGCUCUUGAUGCUGGAAAAGAUCUCGGGAUGCCGGAUGGAGUUCUUAUCAAUGGGAAGGGGCCUUAUCAAUACAACAAUACCCUAGUACCUGAUGGAAUUCAGUAUGAAACCAUUAAUGUUGAUCCAGGAAAGACAUAUAGAAUACGUGUGCACAAUGUUGGUAUUUCAACAAGUUUGAACUUUAGAAUUCAGAAUCACAAUCUGCUUUUAGCUGAAACAGAGGGAUGCUAUACAAUGCAACAAAACUAUACGAAGAUUGAUAUUCAUGUUGGACAGUCAUAUUCAUUUCUUGUUACAAUGGAUCAGAAUGCCAGUAGUGAUUACUACAUCGUUGCAAGUGCGAGGUUUGUAAAUGAAUCACUUUGGCAAAGGGUUACGGGCGUUGCUGUCUUACACUAUUCCAACUCUAAAGGACCAGCAAGUGGCCCUCUCCCUGACCCUCCCAAUGACUUUUAUUACAAGAAGUGGUCGAUGAACCAGGCAUUGAGUAUCAGGCAAAAUGGAUCUGCAAGUGGCGCUCGCCCUAAUCCUCAGGGAUCAUUUCACUACGAUCAAAUUAAUAUCACUGAUUCAUACGUGAUAAAGACUGUUCCACCACAGACAAUUGGUGGGAAACUGCGUGCUACGCUAAAUGGAAUCUCGUUUGGCAACCUUACUACACCAAUCAGGCUUGCUGAUCAGAAUAAAGUUGGAGGAGCCUAUAAGCUUGAUUUCCCCAAUAAGCCACUUAAUAGAACCCCACGAACAGACAUAUCUGUCAUCAAUGCUACAUAUAAGGGUUUUAUUGAAAUCAUUUUCCAGAACAAUGACACCACAGUGCAGAGUUUCCAUUUGGAUGGAUAUUUCUUUUUUGUGGUUGGGAUGGAUUAUGGCGAUUGGACUGAAAACAGCAGAAAUGGAUAUAAUAGGUGGGACGCGGUUACUCGAUGCACUGCACAGGUUUUCCCUGGGGCAUGGACAGCGGUGUUUGUCUCGCUUGACAAUCCCGGAGCAUGGAAUCUUAGAACUCAAAACCUUGAUAGAUGGUAUCUUGGCCAAGAGACAUAUCUGAGAAUCGUCAAUCCAGAGGAGAAAGGUGAAACAGAGUUCGGUGUGCCCGAUAAUGUUCUGUAUUGCGGUGCUCUAGCCAGCAGACAGAAGGAACAGAAGCACUCUUCUGCAACAUCAAUUCCCGGGGGAAAUCGGAGGCUGUUCAUCUCUCUGCUAGCCGCGUUCUUUGCUUUGGUCUGUACUUUUAGAUGAUGAGCUCAUUAAUGGCGACAGUUGAUGCCGAGCAGUGGCGGCUUUUUCGUGCUGAAUUGUUGGAGGGUCGAAAUACAUGUCAUGGGUGGUACAUUUUGGGUUUUGGGUGGUUUUAGUGACAGACAUUUGCUGGUUUCGUAGUUUUCUGCGGCGAUACUUCCCAUACCAUAGCGUUGUAAUAGUUCCCUUCGGAUCCAACAUUCUUUUGUGCGUCUCUUUUGAAAUUAUUAUGUCGACUCUUGAUGUUUAACGCCAACAUUCUCAAUCAAUAUUAUACCAUUUGACUUCGUUUUA